AUGCUUGGAUGAGUCACCAGCGCAGUUCACCCGGGGCCGCAGAUGAAGGAAGGAAGGAUCUCUCCACUCUCCCUCUACUUUCCAGCCACUGCCAGUUGUGUUGUGUUGUAGAGUUUUUAACUACCCAUCAUUUCGUUGUUUCACUUGAGCACAGAGCCAUGGGGAUUCUUCUACUGACUGUCGGGGGGAGCAUCGUACACGGCGUUUGCUCAUUCUCAUCCCCACAGCCACGGAUUUCUUCUUCCUCCUCUCCCUCCUCAUCAUCAACUACUUCCUCCUAGGCUGAGUGGAAGCAACCUGCUCAGCCUGAGCGUCUAGUAGAUCUAGAUCUAGUGCUCAGCCAACCCACAACAACAGAGAGAGGAGUCCAGGCCACACCACCGUGCGCGCGCUCUGAGUCUGACUAGUCUGAGUGAGUGAGUCUCCCAGUCUCUCUGUAUGUAGCACACGAUAACAACACACACAUGUGUCCGUCCGUGAGAAAUCAUCGCGUGUUGGAACGUCGACGUGUUUUUUUUUCUGCUGGGCGCCAGUUAGUUAGUGGUGGUGGUGGUGGUGAUGUUGGAGUGUAAGAAUGCAGAAGAAGAAUGAAUCAUGUUGUGGUCGCCCCAUCUCACGGACACAUCGGUAUGCUAUUUAGUUAACUCGUUCUUCUCUUCUUCCAAACCCGCCCGGGAUGCUAAGUUUGCUAACUAACUGUGCCCGCAGUUGAGAUCAUGUAGAUUAAUAACGGAGUCAGUUGUUGUUCCGCUCAGCAGUUUCGAGUUAUGAGAUGAGGAAGGAGAGAAGAGUUUAGCCCUGCAGCGAGCGAGUAAGCAAGUGUGUGCGCGAUGAUUCAUUCAUGGAUGAUGUGUGUGUGUAUAAUACAAAGUGAAUGUCGCCCUACCUAGUGUGCCUGUCACGGACUAUCUAACAACGGAUUGUUGAAAACACGUUGGUUGUGGUCGGUGAGGUUUUGUUCUGCAGGAAGGAGAGAAGGAGAAAGGAGGAGGAGAGAGAGAGAGAGAGAGCCAGAGAGUGAGAAGUAAGGAGCACCCACUUCACACAGGACCUUAGUUUUCUCAUGCUCCAAGCUUGGGAACAUCCCCGUCUGUCGCUCUGCUGGUGUGGCUAGCUCGUGUAUACAGGAAUGGGCGCUGCUCAGAGCAAAAAACGUCGGAAGGAACGAAAGAAGAGGAGGCGGCAGCUGUCUAACUCCACAGCUGAGUUUGACAUUCCACGGAGUGCAAGCGUCGAUGUCAUACGUUCCCUCAAUGUCUCCACCUCCUCCUGUCUGCACUGCCACAGCCUGGCGGGUCACCGUGCUCUCUCGGCAUCCUUGGGGCGGGAAACCUGCCAUCGGACGUUCCUGGACUCGGUGGGAAGAGAGACGCCUCGAAGAACGUUCUGCGAUUCUUUCAGCGGAUGUCCACACUCGCCCCAGCACCGCUGUGUGCGUGACCAUGGCCAUGACGUGAGUGACCUCAGCGACGGCUACGAGUCUUGCCCCAGCUGCCUGACCUCCAGGAACUGUCUCGCCGUGUCCUCUCCGUCCUACCUUGGUGUCAUGAAGGACAGCUCGGCGUCGCUGAAUAAACCUGCGCCAGAGAGCUCUCUGAGGGUCAUGGGGUCAAGGAGUUCCGAGUUUUUAGGAAUUCAGGAGACAUUUAUGAGAAAAGAAAGAAGUGAAGAACGAUUAUUGUCAAGGGCAGAAAACUCCCACCUCUUAGCGGCGCACAGCAGUCGACCAUUUCAGUCAAUGCAGCAAGUUGCAUCAUGGGUCAAACCUGUGGGAGACACAGACCGGCCGGCAAAGCCAACGAGAACAUCAGAAAGAUGUAACCAGCUACAAGACAGUGCUACUUUUUCGUCCACAUUAUCUACUUUGGAGGUUCCGGAAGCUCAGAGAGUUUCUGGGAGCGGGUCGGAUCCUGGCGGAGAGUCAGUUUCGGACACUUGCCAGACGACAACUUGUUCCUCUAAGUCUGACGGCAAACUGCCGAUUAAAGUGUUGGAGGAUGAACCGUCCAUCUUGGCUCGCUGGGAAAAGCAGAAGUAUAUGGCCCAGCAGCUCAGAAUUCUGAGAAAGCAUAUACAAGCUCAUGAGUCGUCUUCUACCGUUCCCCCUCCCGCUCCCCUCUUCACUGACAAUGAAGCCAGCUGUCAUGGUGUGGAAAGUGGUGCAAGUGAGCACAUGAGUUCGGAAGAACCUCAACCACGCACACUCCCACACGACUCGAGUUCUAGGGGGUCUGAGGGCAACUCAAAAUCCCCACGGAAAACGUCACGAAGGAAAUUUACCAAAAUGAGCAACUACAAAUACUUAGACAGUCAUCCUGUUUUGUCCAAACUUCAAAAUGAGCAAAAUAACAGAUUGGAGAGUAUGGAAAGACGGAUGAAGGAGAUAAGAAUAAGUGCCAUGCGAGAAGCGGAAAGACGAAAAUUUGCAGAGAUUUUCCCUGCCAAGGAAGAUAACUCUGAGACUGAGAGAAUGAUCCAAGAAGCACGAGAGACGUUGGAACGAUUGAAAGAAGAAAGAAAAGUGAAGGGACAUAAUCAACAACAGCAAAUAUUACACCAGAAGCCAACUGUUGUAGAUAGUGCCUUACAGCCAAGAGUGCCUUUAUCAAAUAUUGAAAACUGCAAUGUUGAAGAAGAUUCAGGGGAAAUAGUUCCAGUCCAUGUUUUACACUUGCAAGGAAAUAAAGCCAAAAGCACAGCUGAAUCACAAACUGAAGCAAAAUCACAGGGGAGAUGCAGCCGGAAGGAGGAAGCUGUCAAGAAACCUGACUGGGUGAACGACACAUGGCCAAACAUCAACCUAGGUAAUUACUCAUGGGGUCACCCUCUCACCUGGAUAUGGUUGCCAUUCCUCAUUUUCCCUCUCAUACUGAGACUGAUCCUUUCCUUCAUCGUCACAAGUCCCAGCAACAACAACCGGAGCAACAGCAACCGCAGGAACAGCAACGGCAGAGGGAGUUGUGUGGAUACCUCACAGAUCAACAAACCUUCUAAGUAGUUUUUCAUGCAGGCUGUAGAUCAGCUGGUGUCCCUUCUUGGUUUUUUGUCAGUCUGCAGAUUUACUGGCAGUUUCUCAAACAGCCCUGCUCAUGCAUGGAUAAUCUAGGAUAAAAUUAAUCCAGAGAGAAUGAAAUACAUGUAUAUAUCCUACUUUGCUAGUUAGGGAUACUGGGUAUCGCUGUCUUGAUCUGUGGAUGCAUUUUUUCGACGUGAUGCGAAGCCGAAGGGCAAAAGUUCCGCAGAUACUCAGUAGUCAAUAUGUGCAGCAACAGUAACAACAGCAUCAACUGUUUUUAACUUCUGCGUGGGCUGAUCUUUCUUUCAAAUCUGGUAAAGAAUGGGGUAUCACCCAAAACAUUUGCCAAGGUAGAGCAUGUCUUCACUCUCACAUCGCAAGGAGGCUAGGAAUAUUACUGUCUUUCUGGAAGUUUUUAAUAAUCUUUCCUUUGACAUGCAGACAAUUUGUGCUUUCCGGAACUCUUCUUUGAAGAAGAAGGUCACAAUUAUAAAUUAUCGUUCAUACCCAUUAUAUUACGAUACAAACAUGUUCGCAGUGAAAUGUGAUACUGAGGCAGUCGUAUGUACUUUUUUGUAAAUGUAGUGUAUUAUUAACUGUAUGUCUUGUAAAACAUGUAUAAACUGAAGAGAACUGGGGAAAAUGUUAACAAAUUCAACAGGAAUUUAUCAGGAAGAAAUUCGACGAUGCAAUAUUAUAACAAAAUACUCAUAUUGUGUGCUUAUUUUGUAGAUAGUUGAAUGUUCACAUACCGAACCGUAUAAUACAGUGUAGUUGAUGUAUAGAAUGUCUCAUAGACAAACCCUCCACUGAAUAUUGUGCAUGCCAUGUACAGCUAUAAUGUUAUAUAUGUCAUAUUAGUUUUAUAAUCACCUUUUUUGUUGAAAGCUUUUUGUGAUUGCAUACUGAAAGAAUGCAUGUGUGUAUUCUUAGUUUCAAAAGCAGUGUGUCUUAAACAUGGCACGGAGACUUCCAGAACCUUCAAAUAACUCCAUUCUUGAGGCAAGCACCAAACACCAACUUGUACUGUCCCAUGCCCACUGAAUUGCAAAGGGAAACGGUCAUAGGGGAAAGAAUGAUUCCUUUAAAUCACUCUGAAUAAGUUGUUGGCCUUUCUAUUUCACAAUUCUCUCUUGUACUGUUUCCUCUAAAAAAAACCACAACCCCACCCCACCCAAAAACCUAGAUCUAGCUAUACAUAGGAAAUAUGUAGCCUGUAUAUGAGUGAUACAAUGUAAUAUGAGUUUAUGUAGUUGUUUGUGCACCACUCUAAACAUGUUGAGUAGUGUACACCGAUGUCAGAGAUUUAUGGUCAGAAAUAUGCGCUCGAAAUUGUCCAAGACAGCUGCCUUGUGUGGAGAUGAAAAGUGGUGCUCAUUGAAAGUUGGGCAUUUUGGACAGUGACAUUUAAAAAUUAUAGUACAGAAAAAACACAAGAGUGGAAGUAGGAAAUGGUCGUUUCGACAGGUGAUUGUCUUGGACAGGUGAUUGUCUUGGACAGAUGGUUAUUAGAGCAGGUCCGACUUUAUGAAGUGGAUGAGCUAGGUCAGAGAGUUCUCUUGUUUGAAUAUAACCAGUUGAAUGUUAGAACUUUUUUGGCCUGUUGGGAAAAAUUAUGCAUACACAUAUUAUUUAGUUUAUUAUUCUAUAAGUUUGUUGUGUUGUGUAAGGUUCACUCUUACAAGUCGUAGGUGAGGAAAAACCCCAACAAAUAUGCAGUGUGUAACCAGUAGACUGGCCAACUUUUAAGAGUAAGAGUGAGUUCACUGAACUUCCUUCUUUUUUUCCUUCUCUUUCUCGAUUGCAUCACACUUGAAGUGCAGUACGGUAUCUGUCAUGUAUUGGACUGUCCUGCUCAGUUCAUCUGUCGGCCUGUCUAGCUUCUCUUGUAGUAUCAAUGGGGUUGGCCUCGUUUUCUGGUUAACAGAACUGAAACUAAAUGUAAGUAGCUAAUCAUGUGUAGUAACCAUACCCCAGAUUGCUGGGACAUUUUAGAGCAACACUUUGAGUGCUGAGUGUUGGACUCCAUCACACAACGUCGUUUUUCACAAUGGCGUCUGAAGGAGUCUUACACCAAGCAGUCGUAUGUACAUGACGUAGUAAUGUAAGUAAGCCAUGUAGCCCUCGCUAUUUCACUGUUACAUCGAUGCAAAAAAAUCGCUACUUAAUCUGUUGUCUGUGAUUCUUGUAAUUUAAAAAGAGAAUGGUAUUCUGGUAUUCUGCUGAAAUCCUGGAGUCUUGGAGUCAGGAGAAUGGAAAUGGCACAUUUCAAGAUAUUUCCAGGAUCCAGGAAAAAGAUGAACUUUUUUUAGUUAAUUUUUUUGUUGGCUCCCAACAUUUUCUUCUAUAACCCAAGCUCGAGAAAUCCUACAACAUUUUGGUUGAGCUGGAUUGGUGGGGAAAAUUUUACCUAGGCUCUGUCUGCCCCUCGAGUUUUGACUCUUUUGAUACAGAUUUAGUUAAAUUAAUCCCUUUUUGACAUGGUUUGGUACUGUUGAGAGCGCCCAGAUUUCUCUUCCUGGCGGGGCAAAGGCUACCAUAUCUUUGGCACAAUUUGAUCUUAUCCUCCAAAAUCUGGCAUGUUUGAUUUUCUAGUCACGAUCAGAUCCAGUGUUGACGAAAACAGCCUGUCAGAAGGCUGCUGUAAUUGCGAGGUCAGAUCUUUCGCUUGCGUGCAGAAUGGGACAGGUCUUUAUGGGGUUUUGGGUCAAAUUUGAAGAAGCAAAGUAGAAGUCAAAUCGGUGUAAUCUUCACUGGACGGUGCUGAUUUACGGAUACCCAGCCUGACUCAAUCCGAUCUGAUUGUGCUUUUGACCUAUGGGAAUCCAUUUGAAGUGGGUGGUUGGUGGGUGCUCUUGUGUGGUUUGCUCCUUCUUGCCUAUCAAACAUCUAUCACCUUUAUCUCUGCUCCUUCUUUUCGUUGUAUGUUACGCUCUAGUAACACCUCUAAUCUUCGACACUUGUAUGACUUAUUUGUCUUGCAAGCGGCGUAAAACCCCUACUAAAACUAAUACUAAUCCUUUCAAAUCGACAAAAAUUGUAAAGCCUGAUUUUUCUCUGUAAAAUAAACACUUGGUGGAUCGUGUUCUUCUCGACUCUGACAGCCAGCUGUUGACUGUGUCGGAGCGUUGGUUCGUUCUCAACAUGCGUCGUGACACGCUGAGGCUGAACGUGCAAUAGACUGGUUUAAUGGCUAGUUAUUUCUGAACUAUUGUUUUUAUUUCUUUCUUUUCCAUGCUAAAAAAUGAAAUUGCUCAAUUCUAUAAUGUGUUAUAUCAGCUCUGAAAUCCCGUUGUUCAGAAGGAAAGGUAUGCCAGGAACAAGGAGAAAUAUUUGUGGACUGCUAUAACAAUAGUAAAUAACACAACUGACUGAUACUAAUAUUAUAUUAGAAACAUUGACGUGUAGAUCUAUACCUGUACAAGUCUUCUAUAUUCUCUAUUGAUUUGUUCUCCAGAGGGAACUGAACAAGAAAUCUGUUGUUACGGGUACUUUUUAAUCUCCUGUGAAUUUUUUUCGAAUGUGUUACUACUGUUAACCAAGCUUGACUUGCUAGUCAUUUGUAGAUUUUCAUUCAUUUGUUUGUUGUGCUGUCAGAAAUAUUUUACGCGAUUACUUGUAUUCCACCUUUGUGAUCUUGAUAACUAGUCCUUACAUAAAAUUUGUAUCAUUAUACUCAAGUCUUAAACUUAAUUGCAAUGUCCCACUUCUACCCUGACUCUGUGCUAUUGCCAAAUGUUCAAGGAAUGAUAAGUUCUGAUUUCAGACAGUAGUAAAUAAAGAGCUUAUGGCAAGAAAGUGACGCUGAUUUAUAUUCAUUUAAGUUUAUUGACAUUUUUCAUUUUUGCAUGUUAUGUUUUUUUCCUGAACUGUUUAUUUAAUGACCUGUAUGCAUGCUAUACUUUAAAACUCCAUACUCGCCAAAGUAACCAGGAAUACUUGAAUACUUAUAACAAGAACAUACAAAGCCCUACUCCCUGUGGGCUCUCAAAAUUAAAGUCCUUGACUUUGUGAGGUUUUUGAAGAGAAGUGGCUCUAAAAUAUUUGAAUUUAGAUGCUCUAAUUUUUGUUUCGACUGUUUUCUCCUUGGUGAUAGUGACAGCAGGUAAAAGAUUGAAAGGUCAAAUAAAAACACUCUACUUGUGUUAUUUGUUUCUUAUCCCAAUGAGGGAGGGUAUACAUUUUAAAAAUUAUAUAUGGAAUAAAGAUAAGAGAAGUUUUUUCACAUGUCGAAAUUGGAUUGAAACCCAAACUGCCCAAAGACAUGGUUUGAUGAAGAUUCUAAAAAUUUUAUAUAGAUAUAUCUAUGCAAUUUAUGAAUACACUUUAUAAUUGGAAGAAAUAAAACAGUUUAUAUUUAUCCAUCUUCUCCCA